AUGCUCUUCUCCCCACGCAGUCCAUUUGCGCGCCUGAGUGAAGGCCACGGAGCGCAGAUAUUCCGUCGUUCCUUUCGAACACAGCAACAAUCUUCCGUGUCUUUACACCAGAGAACUCCUUUGAGCGAAAUCGCCAACCCUAAACAAGAGACGCAUAGAUAUGAGCGCAAGCCUCGACGCAAGACCAGAGAUGAUCGUUACGAGUACAAGGGGCAUGACCAUCGCGUGGAUUCAGAGCGCUCGAAGAAACAGAAGAAGACAGCCAAACAGAGCCGGAGACAUACCCUCAAUCGUGAUUUCCAUGCGCCCAACGUGUCUCAGAUACGGUUGACUCUCGCUUCUCGUCCGAAAAUGGGGAUAUUUGGCAAAGGACGGACGUCAUCGCCUAUCAAAUCUCGCGAGUUACCCGACCUUACUUUCUCAGAGAUGAAUUUCCUGUCGAGAAGAUCACGAUCGAACCCGAACGGACUGCUAGUAGAGCAACAGGGCGAAACUAACGGAGCUGCGCGGAGAGAACACGACUCACAAGCACAGAUCCCUCAGUACUUCUCUAACGACUAUCCUGACGAACACGAUGUCAUUGAUGAGACGGUAUAUCCUUCCGCGCAAGACCCAGAUCAACCCGAACCCGCUGCUAUGGCUACGGAAGCUCAUGGCAGCUGUACCAUGAGACCUGCAGACCUCAGUCCAAAGCUAUCACGCAGCGCUACGCCGUACACCUGGUAUGAAAGCGAUCGUAGGGAACAUGAACGACGGGCCUCAUCUAAAAAUUGCACAAAAGGCAUCCUAUGCGUCGACUUGAAUCACCAACACAUUAGCGACGAAGAGAAAGCAAACAGAAGAUACUGGGAUCUCGAUGAGCUGAAGUUAAUCUUGGUGAUACGCCAGCAAGUACGGAAUAGAUCUAGGGCAAACAAAGAGCCAGAGGCCUGUGAUCACUUGAAGCGGAGGCACCAGCCAGACGAGGUGGACGACGAGCCCAGAAGCCCUAAGAAGGCAAAGUUAUCCAAUGCCAUUGCUUCUAUCCAAAAACCGCUCUCCUCUCCUGCUUCGUCCAGCACGGAGCGUGAUACUCCAUCACACGGACACCCAAAACCAGGUACAUACACUCCAGAACGACAAACGAGCCGCGAUAUAGAUCACCAUGAGCUGGAACUUACUCCAAAGCAAGUGUGCUUCUCAAAUUAUUGCUCAAUGAGUCAAAAUUGCAACCGGGCCAUCGCUCCACACCAGAACCCACACCCAAAAAGGAAUGUCGACAGUGCAGGCUCCGACGAGAUAGACCUAGACGCUGAAUUCAACAGCAUAGUUAGCAUCUGUUCCAGAGAGACGGCGUACGGCAAAAAUGAAGAUGUGAUUAUGAAGGAUUUUGAUGCGGUAUACGACUCAAUUGUUUUGGACGACAAAGACCCAGCACAUGGAGAUCUUUCACGAAUACCAAGCAACCAGAGCUACUUCGUUCCCAUCCAAGACGGUUCGACGCCACUUCCAGAUAGCAUCGAUGAUGGUUGGAAUCUGUCUUUGCCUUCUGGAAUUACCAACCACAGUUCAAGCAAUAAUUUCUUGGCCGCCUGCACGCAUUGUCAACCGCACAACAUCAACGAAGGCGUGCAGGCCUCAAAUAAUUCUAAAUACGACACAUGGAACGGGUUCUCACAGCCCAUAAUGUUUGCUGUUGGCAUGGGGGCUGCAGCAUUCGGGACAUCGACCGGGUUUUGUUGGCGACAGAACAAACUGUAUUGA